UGAAACCUGAUUUCAUCAUUGUGGUACAGUAACAAUGAUUAAUCUGUUUGUAGGCAAUGGGAGCAGAGAAUGGAGUAUUUGCUGGAGUCAGCAGCAAUCACUUGGAGUAGCUAUAUUACAUUAUCCUACAGAGAACCUGCAGCACUCUGUUCAAACUCUGAAGGUCUCUGACAAGCAUCCUGUUAUACCUGUAGCACAGCUUCAUCCAGGAUACACCUGCAAGAUGAACUCUAAAUGUAACAGAAGUUCUAUAGUACAGCAAAGUUCAUUAUUGUGCCAGAGAACUCGCAAGGAAAAGAAAUCCUGUAAAUGUUUUGAAUGCAAUAAGUGUUUCAGACAAAGAUGUAAUGUAGUAAAACAUGAAAGGAUUCACAGGGGGGAGAGACCAUAUAAAUGUCUGGAAUGCAAUAAGUGUUUCAGAGGAAGAAGUGCUCUAGUAUAUCAUGAAAGGACUCACACAGAGGAGAGACCAUAUACAUGCCCUGAAUGCAAUAAGUGUUUCAGACAAAGAGAUAGUUUAGUAAAACAUGAAAGGACUCACACAGGGGAGAGACCAUAUGCAUGCCCUGAAUGUAAUAAGUGUUUCAGUCAAAGUAGUAAUUUAGUAAACCAUGAAAGGAUUCACACGGGGGAGAGACCAUAUAAAUGUCCAGAAUGCAGCAAGGAUUUCAGACAAUUGAGUAAUCUAGUACAGCAUAAAAUGAUUCACACGGGGGAGAGACCAUAUAAAUGUCCAGAAUGCAGCAAGGAUUUCAGACAAUUGAGUAAUCUAGUACAGCAUAAAAUGAUUCACACGGGGGAGAGACCAUAUAAAUGUCCUGAAUGCAAUAAGUGCUUCACACAAAGAAGUGCUCUAGUACAUCAUGAAAGGAUUCACAUGGGGUAGAGACCAUAUAAGUGUCCAGAAUGCAGUAAGUGUUUCAGAGGAAAGAGUGCUCUAGUAAUUCAUGAAAGGACUCCUACGGGGGAGAGACCAUAUACAUGCCCUGAAGCACGUAAGUGUUUCAGACAAAGAAGUGAUUUAGUAAAACAUGAAAGGACUCGCACUGGGUAAAGACCAUAUACAUGCCCUGAAUGUAAUAUGUUUCAAUCAAAGAAGUGAUUUAGUACAACAUGAAAGGAUUCACAUGGGGAAGAGACCAUAUACAUGCCCUGAAUGUAAUAAGUGCUUCAGUCAAAGAAGUGAUUGUGUACACCAUGAAAGGACUCGCACAGGGGAGAGACCAUAUAAAUCUCUUGUAUGCAGUAAGUGUUUCACACACAGAAGUGCUCUAGUACAUCAUGAAAGGACUCACACGGGGGAGAGACAUAUAAAUGUCCAGAAUGCAGCAAGUGUUUCAAACAAGGGAGUCAUCUAGUACACCAUAAAAGGAUUCACAUGGAGGAGAGACCAUAUAAGUUUCCAGAAUGAAAUAAGUGUUUCAGAGGAAGGAGUGCUCUAGAAAGACACAAAAUGACUCUCACACCAGGGAGAGACCAUAUAUAUGUCCUGAAUGCAAUAACCGUUUCAGAGAAAUGAUGAAUCUAGUAAUACUUGAAAGGAUUCACAAGAGGUCCUAAUGGAGAGAUGAAAAAUCAGCAAACAAAGGAGAGUAGUAGCGCUGAAAUUGAAUUCAUCCUCAAGUCUUGGUGAGUUCCUUCGUGAGGUGAACCCUGUUUUUCACAAAAUCCCAUCAAUGUGACACUGAUAAGUAUUCAUAUAGCAUAUAGCAUAUAUCGUGGACAGAAGUCAAAAUGCA